UCCAAAGCUUUCAUGCUUAAAAAUCAAAUUCUAUUUCAAAGCCAAAUUCGUGCUUGCAGGCUGCCUGCCACCCUUGGCUCCAUAAAUGCCAAAACCAUCUCCACAGGAUACUAUCAAUCAAUAUAGAAUAAACACCUCAUUCUCAAAAGAAGCACCAGAGAAAGAUUAGGAAAGGAAAAGGAGGCGGGACAUAGGCUGCUUGUUAUUUCCCUCUAUUUUAUCAGCUUCUUUUGUUGUUCUUUUGUAUUUUAGUACCGACAAAAGGCAAAAUUUUAAGAACGUAAAAAGCGAAGAACUCAAGGACAAAAAGGACCCCAUUUGGCUUUGAGAUUUGAGGCUCUGAAAAAAGAGAAUAGGAGAAUUCCGGGGCUCAAUUAGGAAAAUGUUGAGAACCAACAUUUUGUUGUUGAUCAUAGUUCUGGUAUCAUUUCUUAGCUGUACAGUUAGAGCCAAAGUCUCUUAUGAUGGCAGGUCAUUCAUCAUUAAUGGCCAGAGAAAAAUUCUUAUUUCUGGCUCCAUUCAUUAUCCCAGAAGCACUCCUGAGAUGUGGCCUGAUCUUAUACAGAAGGCUAAAGACGGAGGCUUGGACGUGAUACAAACUUACGUAUUUUGGAAUGUGCACGAGCCUUCUCCUGGAAAGUAUAAUUUUGAGGGCAGGGGCGAUAUCGUCAGAUUUCUCAAGCUAGUAAAAGCUGCUGGUCUUUACGCCCAUCUUCGCAUUGGCCCCUACAUUUGUGCAGAAUGGAACUUUGGGGGUUUCCCGGUCUGGCUAAAAUACGUGCCCGGCAUGGAAUUUAGGACAGACAACGGGCCUUUUAAGGCGGCAAUGCAAGGAUUUGUUACGAAAAUUGUCAACUUGAUGAAGUCAGAAAAUUUGUUCGAGCCUCAGGGAGGACCAAUUAUUAUGUCCCAGAUAGAGAACGAGUAUGGCCCAGUUGAGUGGGAGAUCGGAGCUCCAGGUAAAGCAUAUACCAAAUGGGCGGCACAAAUGGCUGUUGCUCAAAACACUGGUGUUCCAUGGGUCAUGUGCAUGCAAGAUGAUGAUGCCCCUGAUCCUGUUAUAGACGCUUGCAAUGGCUUCUACUGUGAAGGUUUUGUUCCAAACAAGCCUUACAAACCAAAAAUGUUUACUGAAAUCUGGACUGGCUGGUAUACACAAUAUGGAGGACCAAAUCUCCAUCGACCAGCAGAGGACUUGGCAUAUGCAGUUGCAAGGUUUAUCCAAAACAAUGGUUCAUUUUUCAACUACUAUAUGUAUCACGGAGGAACAAAUUUUGGCCGGACUGCUUCUGGUCUGUUUGUUGCCACUAGCUAUGACUAUGAUGCUCCAAUUGAUGAAUAUGGGCUACUGAAUGAACCAAAAUGGGGGCACUUGAGAGAUCUGCAUAAGGCCAUCAAACAAUGCGAACCAGCUAUGGUUUCAACGUAUCCCACAGUUAUCUGGCUCGGGAAGAAUCAAGAGGCUCAUGUGUUUAAAUCAAGAUCUGGAGCUUGUGCUGCUUUCCUUUCUAACUAUGACCCAACAUACUCAGUGAGAGUGAGCUUCCAAAAUCUUCCAUAUGACCUGCCACCCUGGUCUGUCAGUAUUCUUCCAGACUGCAAGACCGUAGUCUACAAUACUGCAAAGGUUAAUUCCCCAAGCUCAGAGCCAUUGAUGACACCUGUGGGUGGUAAAUUAUCAUGGCAGUCGUACACUGAUGAAACACCCUCUGCAGACGACAGUGAUGUGCUUGUAAUGAAUGGAUUGUGGGAGCAAUUGAACGUGACAAGAGAUUCCUCGGACUAUUUGUGGUACCUGACAGACGUGAAUAUUGCAUCCAAUGAAGGAUUCCUGAAGAGUGGACAGGACCCCCUUUUCACUGUUAUGUCAGCUGGCCAUGCCUUGCAUGUUUUCAUUAAUGGUCAACUUUCAGGGACGGUGUAUGGUUCAUUGGACAAUCCAAAACUCACAUACAGUAGCAAUGUAAAACUUAGAGCUGGUGUCAACAAGAUUUCUUUACUUAGUGUUGCAGUGGGAUUAGCGAAUGUUGGGGUGCAUUUUGAAACCUGGAAUACAGGUGUUCUGGGUCCAAUAACCUUGAAGGGUCUAAAUGAGGGCACAAGAGACCUGACAAAGCAGAGAUGGACAUACAAGGUUGGUUUGAAAGGUGAAGCUCAAAGUCUCCAUACUGUCACGGGAAGUGCCUCUGUCGAAUGGGCAGAAGGAUCAUUGUUGGCUAACAAGCAGCCUCUGACAUGGUACAAGACUACAUUCGACGCACCCCCGGGAAACGAUCCAAUAGCUUUAGAUAUGGGCAGUAUGGGGAAAGGAGAAGUGUGGGUAAAUGGUCAAAGCAUUGGAAGGCACUGGCCGGCAAAUAUUGCAAAUGGCAACUGUGGUGGCUGUAAUUAUGCCGGGACUUUCUCAGAGAAGAAAUGCCAGAUGCAUUGUGGAAAACCUUCUCAGAGAUGGUACCAUAUUCCUCGUUCUUGGCUGCAGCCAAGUGGAAAUCUUUUGGUUGUGUUCGAAGAAUGGGGUGGUGAUUCAACUUGGUUGUAUUUGGUUAAAAGGACAAGGUGACUUGGUAUCCAAUCCAAUGCUGGGAUAUACGAAGGCUCCAAUUUGGUGUCACGAAUGAAGAACUGUAUAGGCAUCAUUCACUGUGAAUAAUUCACACUCUCGACCCGACUGCAAAUUAGCAUGAUGUAUGUAAACGGCAUACACUCUGCAAACAAAGGAUAGCUAGCUCUCUUCAGAUAUUUUUAUACAACGGGGAAUAGUACAUCUCCUGUGUACACAUCUUUUUUAAGUUUUAGAAUUAUGAGAAGUCCCGCAUAUGUAUCUCAUUAGCAUGUCUGUCCGAUUGGAGGCAACUCCAAAUAAGCCUGAUGUAUGCAGAUGACAUGCACUGAAAAUCAAUGCAUAGCCCCCCCCCAUAUCUGGUUUUCUGAUAAAACUGCGACUAGUGCAUAUCU